AUGGACUGGCCUCUUGACAAUGGAAGCUUCAGCGAUGCAGACUUCGAGAAUGUGUUCCGCUACGGGGCCCAAGACACAACAGUCGUGAGGCUGUUGACCAGCGAUUGCGGUCUGGUGUUAUGGUCACAUAAAACAUCCGAGGACUGGAAGUGCUGGCUUGAAACAUGCGUACCGUCCGUCUACAAAGACUCUGGUCUAGCACGCAGAUCAGGGCAUUCAGAGAGCUAUCUUAGUAGCUUGCUGUCUAGCGUGGAAACCCCAACCGAUGCGCCGGGUGUCGUCAAAAAUCAAGGCACGUUUAACGAAAAAGAUCGUUCGCUGAGUUGGCCCAAGAAUGUGACGAUAUCGAGCCUCGGACACAAAUGGCAGAAACAGCCGGUCGAAAAUGGAAUACGCGGUGGCAAACGCGAGGUCCGGCAGUUGCCUUUUGAAGAGUGUGUUUUCCGGGAUAUAUGCGACAAAUUCUUUGUGCAUUCGUCAAUAGCCCGUGUCAUCAGCCGGGCAGACGUCCCCGUCUUCAGCAGAUCGCUUGUCAACAUGGGAGCCGAUGAUACAGAUUUCGCAGGGCGUCCUGCAAUCGUCUAUAAUUGCAGAUCCUCAAACUCUUGGGCAAAUGACAUGGCGUUGACGGCAACAUACUUCCCCGAAAGCCGGUUGACCUUUGCAAUUCUUUUUGGCUGCACAAAGGAGGACGAGAAGAUGGUGUUCAACAGGCUCAGCCGAGCGAGAGACCAAGUAUCGUAUCCCUUGAUGCUUCCUGGCAUUUUUGCGGAACUUGAGAGAGACCGCAUGGUGCGAAUUGUCGAAAGGACGGCGGAUGAGAAUGAAGAAGCCAUAUACGAGCUCGGCACUGGUAACUCCCUGGAGAACCACGUUCCUUCUGAUGAGGAAAAGGGUAACCCUAGGCACGCUCGCAAAACUGCCUGGAUGAACACAACGUUCUUGAGGAACGGCCUCAGGGUCUGGAGGAAUCAGCUUCGUAAAAUGUCGGAUCAUGUCACUGAGCUUGCUACAUGGCACGGGGGCACCAGAGCCUCGGUUCGCGAUAAAGAGUCAGCGGACGAAGAACAGGGGGCAGACAGUGAGAAGAUGGAACACACGAGUAUGCUGGUUCGAGAUCGCCUUCGUGCACUGAUCGAGGAGUACGAGGACAAGAUUCAAGAAUGCACCAUGAGCGUGGAAGGGAUGAGUAUUGCAACGCAAUGGGCACAAGGCGACACAAACGUGGAUAUUGCCACAGCGACUGGGAGAGAUUCUAGGCAGAUGCGAUCCAUCGCCCUACUGACCAUGAUAUUUUUGCCAGGAACAUUCUUUGCGACACUUUUCUCCAUGACCUUUUUCAACUGGUCGCCGGAUGAUGACAGUAAGUCACUGGUUUCAGGCUACAUCUGGAUAUACUUCCUUGUUACUGGCGUCUUCACGGCAACCACGCUCUUUCUUUGGUGGUACUUUCUGUCCCGUCGUCGCCAUUGCAGACCUUGA